AUGUGGUGCUAUUUGUUUCUUGCUUCAGCAAUCGUAGCUUCGGCUUACGCAAAUGUCAAUGCGGAUGAUAUGCAAUAUUUUAUGACCAACGAUAGAGUAAGAUUCUUUCAAAUCCGUUCUGGUCAAUUAGAUAAUUUGGGUGUUAAUCAAAAUUAUGAAGUGAAAGUUUUAUCGCACGGUUGGAUUGAUAACGUUGAUUCUAGUUGGUAUGAGCCAACGAAAGAUAAUUAUCUUAGAAGGGGUGGUGCUACCAUAAUAGCCAUCGAUUGGUCACGUCAUGCUGGAGGACUCUAUAGCACCGCUAUAAGCAGAUUGGAAGCUGUUGCUAAUCACGUUGCCGAUAAAUUGAUGGAGUUUUCUUCUGUAACCGGAAUUCCGUUGACUAGAUUCCAUUUAAUUGGGCACUCUUUGGGUGCUCAUCUUUUCGGAUUUGUUGGACAAAGAAUUUUAGCAGUUAGAGGAGAGUUAGUUGGCAGAAUUACUGGGUUAGAUCCUGCUGGGCCGGCCUUUGAAAAUAGAGAUCCGAGCAGAAGAUUAAGCCCCGAUGAUGCUUGGUUUGUUGAUAAUAUUCAUACUGACAAUUUAGCCGGUAUUGCUAGAUCAAUUGGACAUAUUGAUUAUUAUCCCAAUGGUGGAUCAAGACAAAACGGAUGUAUCAUUAUUGGUUGUAGCCACAACCGUGCCCCACUUUUCUUCUUCGAAUCAGUCGUUAGUAACGGAUUUAUCACUGUCCAAUGUAACAGCAGAUCCGAUUUCAACAACGGAAGAUGCAACAACAACGCCAGGACUGUUAUGGGUGAAAACGUUAAUCAAAGCUUAAGAGGAGAUUUUCAUUUAAAUACUAAUUCUAGAACACCAUUUGCUAUGUAUACUUUAUAAUUCAUUAAGUAUUACAGAAAGUAUUUUAAUGUUAAAGGUAUCAAUAAAAACAACAAUAAUUCUUGCUUUCAUGCAUA